CAGAUAAACAACUAGUAACAAUUUAGAGUAAGUGUGUUCCAAAAUGUUACAUGGGCUAUAUUUGUGCUAAAAAAUUGUUGCUUAUCUGAAAUUUAAAUUUAAGUGGGAGUGUUGCAUUUUUAUUUGCUAACCACACUGCCAGGAAUCCUGGAAGUUUGCUUGGCUUGAGAAGCUAUGGUCUGCCCACGUUCUUCUACACACACACACACGCACACACACACACGCACACACAUUGCUCUCACACCCCUAGAUCCACAGUCCUGCUUUUGUCUGGCUAUAAGAGAAUGGAAAUAUGCAUGGGAUGGGGGGGUCCCCCCGGGGUCUUUCUGCAGCUUGGAGACCAAAUUAGCCUUGCUAAAUCAUGCCUAGGUGGAGAGGCAGUUUUGUGGGACAGGACUCUUGGAUCCUGCCCACCCCUCCAGCUUUCCUGGGUUCACACUCCAAGUCCUUGCCCCAUGAACACUUCCCGGUUCAAACUUGUUCCAAAGGCAACUCAGGGCGCUGUUAUAAUCUCCCCAGGAUCCCUUGACAAGUCUUCGUGCCGGCAGAGUAUGUUUGGAGUGGCAUGGGAGGCUCGCAGGGGAUGGACAGUGGUUUUAUCCCAGGGACAUUUAUGGCGGCUCCUCAGAAACCUCACUGCAGCCUUGGAGACUUAGACUGGAUGUAGGGCCGAGGCGGAAGCUUUGAGGGGCCGUGGGAGCUUCUUGGCUGAUGUCUGUGUGCCCCCAUAAGCUGGUCCAGGCGCCAACCUCUCCCUUGGAGAAGAGGGCAGAAAUGAAAGGAAGGCUGUUUGGGAAGGUUUUUCUGCAGGCUGCACCCCAGCUCCCGUCACAGCUGCCUUCCCCGGCCCCAUUAGUCCCCUUCCUUUGGGCUCCUCUGGUUCCCAGGAAACCUGACAGGAGGGAAACUGGGGUGCUCAGCCUGAGAUCCCUUCAGUCCGCAGCCCAGCACAGGGCGAGCGAGAGCUCAGUGUCCCCAGUCCUGUGUGUCCUUAUUUAGUGUCUUAGGGACCCUGUCUGCUUGUCCCGUGGCACUCAAGCACCUGGAGCGCUCUUGGGAAUUCAGUAGGUACUCAGUAAUGGUCUAAGUGAGCAAUUCAUACAGGACAACAAAGAUACAAACUUGCGUUUCAGUGCCUCUGUUCAGGUGUGGUGUGUGUCCUGGGCCUCCUAACCUUGCGGCCAACCACGAUUCCAGGGGAAGUACGCAAGGUUGGACAAAGGCCCAGGCUAGGUGGUGGAUGCCCGCUUCCUCACUGUGGGCAAAGGAUAAUGCCAAAGGCUGGAAGGACUUCCAGAUUUCCAGGUGAAAGCCAGUUCUGAAACUGGGGGAGGCUUUCCCUUCCUGCAAGCACCCACACCCAGAUUGGCCUUAGGGGUCCGCCCUUCUCCCCGGAACGCUCUUCGCUCUUCCUGGUACGGUGAUGGUGCAGACCUCCCCACCACCUUGUUACUCUCCUCCACAUCCGACACACAGAAGCUGAGGCCGCGAGGCUUCGGUGACCACCAGAGGCUGGUGCUUGAGCCCAGCUGGCCCAGGAGCUGCUUGGCCCCUGACACUCAGCUGCCACCCUCUCCUGGGCCGUGUGCCCCGGCUCCUCUGUGAAACUCAGAAGACAUUCAGGGUAUCACACAAAUGUGUAUAAAGUUUCUGACCACAGUAGACGACCCUCUGUUAGACACAGGGAAGUUUCAGAGAACAGCCUCACUCCAAACAAAGCUUGGCAUGUUUCUUAUUCCUCAUCAGUUCGACAAAAUAGGUAUUUAUUUGUGCCUUGGACAUGCUGUUCUGCGUCAUGGAAGUGGCCGUGCAUGUUGCUAUAGUAACAGUUCCUUUUUAUUGAUACCAGAAUAAACAGGAAUGCUGAGCAGCCUCACUUGUUGGCUGGUUUCGCUGCCUCCCAUCCCAGGGCUUUAAGAACCACCCUUUGGAGGCAGCCCUGGGGCCAGUCUGGGGCUUCUCAGUGGAGCUGGGGCGGCAGCACUGCUGCCUGCUGCCCUUCCCAGGACCCAGCGUGAGAAGUAAGACUGUUUCUGCUCUCUUUCACCAGCCUUCAUCAGGGUGCUGUGCCGGGAGGAGGCGGAAGGGGAGGAGGGCAGCCUUCGGGCACUGCAGGGGCCAGGAGCAGGCUGAGCUGUUUGACGGAGAUAUCUAAGCCUCCAUGUACUCGGAGAUCCAGAGGGAGCAGGUGGACAUCAGGGGCCUGAUGGCCCGGCCGGAGCACAGAGAGCGGAACGCUGAGCUCAUCAAGCCUAAAAAGCUGCCGAACCCUGUGAAGGCUUCCCGGAGUCACCAGGAACUGCACAGAGAGCUGCUCAUGAACCACCGGAGGGGCAUCGGCGUGGACAGCAAGCCCGAGCUGCAGCGAGUCCUGGAGCUCCGCCGCCGGAACCAGCUCGUCAAGAAGAAGGAGGAGGAGCUGGAGGCCAAACGGCUGCAGUGCCCCUUUGAACAGGAGCUGCGGCGGCGGCGGCAGCGGCUGAACGAGCUAGAAAAGCCGCCGGAAAAGGAAGAGGACCACGCUCCGGAAUUCAUCAAAGUCAGGGAGAACCUGCGGAGAAUCGCCACGCUGACCAGCGAGGAGAGGGCACUGUAGGGCCCCGCGCUGCCCACCCCGGGCGCAGACUCCUCCGCAGCCCUCUGUACCCCGUGGGCCUGGGUCCCGGGCCAUCUGUGACGCUGACACCUGCUCCCAUGGAAAUGUGUGGCCCGGGGCGCUCAGCGGUUCCUGGGCAGCUAGGGACCCCUGCGCUUUUCCUUCUGAGCAUUUGCCUCUCCUGCCCCCAAAUGAAGCCACUGCCAGGAAAAGUGCCACACGCCCUCCCGGGUCCUGGGCCCGCAGCCUGGAGAGGGGACAGGCGCCCUCCCGGCCAGCACAGCCUCUAGGGCCCGGGCAGCAGAGCAGCCCAGCUCCUGGCAGGUCUUGGAACCGUUCUGCCUGUGGUUUUACUGAGUCUAGGUGUGGGCAGAGCCAAGCUUGAGGACAGCUGCCUUGAAAGCCACCAAGCAGAGAAAGGGUAAGCUGCCGUUGGUGAGCAAGGGCAGGCGGGCAGCCAGCGGGCAGCCAGCGGGCAGGGGGCUGAGGAAGACAGGUCCCCUGGCUUCGCCUGCACAGCGGGCUGUUAUUUCUCCUCCUGUCGGGCCCAUGACCACACCUAGCCAGGCUGCAGUCCCCACAGCGCUUCUCCCACUUCGCUCUCGUGCACAGGGGUCGCUGGGGACCUGGUUAAAAUAGCUCAGUCAGCCACUGGGACGGGCGCAUCUUACACCCCCGGUAAGGCAGCUCUGAGGGCCAGGCCGUGAGCCCCGAGGCCGAGCACUCAGGGGUGGUCGUGAUGAGAAAGAGCACCCACUGCCAGCGUCUUCCGCCCCCGGGCCCCAGAGCACCCUGGCACCCAGGACUCUUCAUUCACCCUCUGCCCCCCUCCCCCCGCCCCGGGACCCCUCCCACCCGGCUUCAGAGCUGUGGGUUAUGUGACUAUCGCUGUCCCCCGAGAGUCCUGGCUGCCAAUCUGCGUUUCCCACAGUGUGGCCACAGCACUAUGUAAUUCUAGCCAAAAAGGAAAGUAACUUUCUGCAGCCUCUUUGGAAAGCAACUGCACACUGAUUCCCAGUAGACUUCUGGAAAUAUAAGCAGUGGCUUGCGCACCCCGCUGCCGUGCUUGCGGACUGGCCUCUGUCCCCUGAGGCCCCUGAAACACCUCCGCCAGCUCCCUUAAAUCCACCCAUUCUUCCUGUCUGAGACCCAAAUAUUUUAACCUUUGACUCCUAUGCCAUUUUUAACGAGUUAGAGAAUAAGCCUGGCCUGUUUCUUUUCCCCUGGAGAAUAAAAUCCCUUCCUCAGGUUUUGUAAGCCGUUCACUGAAGGUGACAGGCAGCUAGGUAUGGUGGCACACAUGGAUAAUCUCAGCAGCCUAGGAGGCUGAGGCAGGAGGAUCGCAAGUUUGAGGACAGCCUGGGCAACUUAGCAAGACCCCGUCUAAAAAUGCAAAGGGCUGGGGAAGUGACUCUGAUAGCGUGCUCGCCUAGCACAUGCAAGGCUCUGCUUUCCAGCACCGCCAGGAGGGAUGGAUGAGAGUGUCCAGGUGGAGCAGGAACCCAAGGGAAUGCUUGAGGUUCCACCGGAGACCCCAGAGAGGCCCCAUGGAGAUGAAGCCCCAGAAGUAGAAGGGAGCUCAAGCAUCCUGUCACCUAGCAGAUCCAAGGCGGACACCCUGGUGCACUCCGAUGGUCGUUCCCAAAUCCAUCCCUCUGCCCACCUCCCAUGAGACAGGCUAUAAAUCCAGAUUCUCACAUUUCCAGUCUGCUUCACAGCCUUCGGUGACCAUGUGACCAGAUAUGGCCAAUGAAACUGCAGUGGAAGUCUGCAGGGGCUUUGGGAAAGCUUAUGCUUUUCUGAAAAAAAGAGGCAUGGCUAAUUCCUUUCCCAUAUCCUCCCUUCUUCCUGCCUUGAUUGAAGAUGUGAUGCCUGGAACCAUAGCAGCCACUUUGCUACAUGAGAAAAAGGCCAAGAGAAUCACAGAGCUCCUUUGACCAAGCCAGUGCCAGCAGCUAUCCUUCUCCUGAAUUCUCGUGAAUAAUAAUAAAUCUGUUUGUCUAA